AUGGGUGCAUUUGAUCCAUGUCCAUAUUUAACAUCAAAACAAUUAUUUUAUAUACGUCGUCGUAUUGUUGAACGUACACUUCGAUGUUCACCAACAAUUCAUCAUUUAUUUGAUUUUCGCUUAGUUAUACAAGAAACAAAUUAUAAUCAAGUUUAUGUACUUGUUUAUUUAUCAACAUUUGAAGAAUCCAAAGCUGAAAUACUAUUAUCAUUAUGUGAACCAGAUAUAUUUCUUCAAUAUGCACUUGAUUUAGUACCUGUACCUAUUUUACCAUUAACAUAUGUUAAUGUUAAUAAUUAUGGUAUAAGUGAAACAAAUACUAUAACAACAAAUAGUGAAAGAAUUUUUAAUGUAGUUGGUUAUGGUUCAACAUUACAAGAAGCAAAAAUGCAAUUAGUACUUACAUGUGAAUAUAUUAAACAACAUUUUAAUAUUGAUGAUCUAUUAUUUAAAUCUGAUGUUGAAGCUGAAGCUAUUGAAUGGUAA